AUGAUCAGGAUUAUUGCCGCCACAAUUGGAAUAUAUCCUGACAGCACCAUUCUGUCAUGGCAACAGCUCCUUAGCAACAAAGUUUUUACACUUGAAGCAUAUGACAGAAAUCAAGACUUCAGCGGUGAACCUAUUCUUCUACCAGAACCUCUGGAUCCAGACUGGCCCACUGAAGGGUUUCAUCAACUGCAAGCAGACCAUAGGACCCAGUUCCCUAAAUUGACAAAUGAGCAAAUUGAAGGAUAUUUCAAGUAAAGAGAGGCUGUGGAUAGAGACUUGAAGGCACUUGAAAAAGGAAAACUAAUGUUUGCAAGCAAGAAAAUCUGUGCAUGCAGUGCUAAAGUACACAGUCCAAAUAUAUACUUUACUGGUGUAGUGGGGGCAGCCAUGAAGAAGAACAUAACAUAUAAUUUCAACCUUAAACUGCACAAAGAUAAUAGAGAAAUCAAGAACAGCCACUGUGAAUGUCCAGCAGGAAAAGGACCGCACGGAACCUGCAAGCAUGUCUCGUCAGUAUUGUUGAUGAUAAAUGCAUUUGUCUCGGGAAGUGACGCACAUGUCCAGCAAAGUUGCGCAGAUAUAUUGCAAACAUUUCACAAACCAAAACAGUCAUAUGUUGGCACACCACUAAAGGCACAAGACAUUCCAUCAAGAAAAAAAAAACAGUGCAAGCUAUUUGACCCAAGACCAAGACAAUACAGAAACGUGGAACAUUAA